UCUGAAGCCACUGAUGCUGGAAUACCUGUUCUAUAUAAAUACAAUAUGGAUAAGAUAUAUUUCCACAGUAUAGACCAUCACUAUCAGUAGACUAUUUGCACCUGCCGGCGAAGUUUUUUUUUUUUUGGAAUGCUUUUUCUGAUACAGGUCUCGAACCUAUUUGAGAGCUUUUUUUUAAUUUGUUGUGGAGUUCGUUUCCUCAUUGAUGUUUGGCUUGCCCACAUGAUUUGGUGGGGUAAUUCGCUAUUACGAAGAUGUCGGCAUUGCCAUCAAACAUCACCAAUACAAGCCCCCGCGAAGAUUAUGAAUGGAGAUAUGAAUAUUACGAGGAUGACGAACCCGUGUCUUUCGAGGGACUAAAAGCGCAUCGAUAUUCCAUUGUGAUCGGAUUCUGGGUGGGCCUGGCUGUGUUUGUGCUUUUCAUGUUUUUUGUCCUCACCUUACUGACCAAGACGGGAGCUCCGCACCCAGAGAAUUCCGAGCCAUGUGAGAAGCGCGCGUGUCUGACCAGCUGCGGGGAGGACAUGGCCCAUCUGUCCGAACACCAGGGCAGCCAGCCCUGUGCCUCGCGCCCCCUGCUGGACGAGUCGCGCUCGCUCUUCCACUGCUACAUCAACGAGGACGAGCAGUCUGCCAACAGGUGCUCGAGCGGCACCACCACGCACCUCGGCGGGGUCCGAGGCAGCGGUGCCCGCUCCUCGGUCAUCGGCAGCCAGUUAGCGGGGCUCGUGCAGGAGGCAUGGGUCAGCGGGGGUGCGUCGCUCCCCGAGAGAGACCCGUCGACAUUCCUGGCGCACUUCAACAUCCCUAACUUUGUGAAUACCGAGCUGAGUUCGACGCUGGGGGACGAUGACCUUCUGCUCAUGGACCCCCCUCUGAUCCUAGACAGGGAAGGCAGGGGUCCGACUGGCACCAACGGUGACCACGUCCUGGAGUAGCGGGCUAAUGGCUAGCGCUUGGACUCCCGCUUUCGGCAUGAAUUGUACAGACUAGUGGACUGAGGUAUGGGCUUUGAAAAGAGUACUUGCAGGCGCCUGAGAGCUGGGUCAUUUUUGUCAGCGAGACCAACCCCCACCACCACCACCACCCCCCCACCUCCACUGAGACUGCCCUCAGUUUCAGGCCUUUUGAGCUUGGAAACUUCCCUGGAGUGGAACUGUGCGGAUGCUUAAAUGUGAUCCCUCUCUUGCCUAAGCGCCAUGGUGCUUUGAUUUGUGGAAAGCCCUGCGAGCCCGCGCGGCGGUGGGGGUUAGUUCCACUCGCUGGGUCUCCCAAGAGAGGAUCAGAGGAAGGCCAGAGAUGUAGAAGCUAGUGGAAAAGAUCAAGCAGUCACAAUGAAAUACAACUGGCCCGGCUGCAACCCGAUGAACAAUUUGGGAAGUGCUUUUUGGAAGACCUUAUGGGAGGUAUUUGAUGUUCAACCAGGAGUGCUAAGUUUGGCCUAUAGGGCAUCCCAGCACACCUUGAUGUAACAGGAAAUGCACACGUUGUCUCAACACCAGCUGCUACAGUAACCCAAUUGUGUACAUUUUGUGGUUCCACAGCCCAAGCUGGCCCAAGUGCAUGCUCCAUUUUGCCAUCGAUCUUGGCUAGUAGUGCAGCACGCCUUGACUAAAGAACAGAAAAAGCAUAAGUCAAAUAACAUCACCCAAAAAGAGGAGGAUCAUGUAUAAUGGAACACUGCACUGACAUGAAGAAACACAAACUAGUUAUUUAUGGACCACACACUGACGCACACUAUGAGAGACGUGGUCUGAACUGAACGCUAUACAGCUUACUCAUGUCAUUCGCUUUCUAAAGUGAGCGAGAAAUACGAGCACUUGAGCUUUGCUGGCCAUUUCUACACAACCCAUCUUCCACAUGCUGUCCCCUCAGGACAAGGAACACAACAUAAUUGCCUUCAUCCAGCAGCUGUGCACAGGCGGGUAAUGAGUCUUUCUGUGUAACCCAGCAGGAACAAGCAGACAUCAAAAGGCAGCCAAGUUGUA